AUGCCACCAGCGGGCUCACCAGACUCAAAGUUCCGAGGUCAUCCUGAAGAGACGUCAUAUCCAUCGAGAUCCAUCGCGUAUCAGGCUGCUGGCAUGAUCACAAGCAUAAUCGAAGCCUUGCAGAAUCAUGACCAGCUUCGCUACACGCCUGCAUUCAUCGUGUACUCUCUCUUCUCCGCGCUUAUCAUGCACGUGUAUCAGAUGCGCUCAUCGAAUCAAUCCGUGGUGGCGCAAACACAGCAACGAACCUCAAUCUGCAUGAAUGCACUGCGAGAUGUUAGCAGGGUCUGGCUGGUGGCGAAGAUGGUCCACACUCUGUUCGAAUCCAUCCUCGGCAACAAAGCGCUGGAAGAGCGGUUGCAGAAAGCUGCUGGCCGCCGUCACGCGAAAAGCAAAGGACCCAAUGGAUUCGUUCAAAAGCCUCCUACGGCGCAAGUCUCACCCGUCCCAGAGCAGAACACAACUUCGAAUUCAGAGAGCAACAAGCGCAAGUUUGACGACAUGGACAACUUUGGCUACGUGAAUGGGCCACCAGCACCGCAGAUGAGCUACGAAAGAUCACGUCCGCAGAGUCCGGUCUUGACACCACAGCCCAAUCCUCCCGUCUCACAACCACAACAAAUGCCUCAGCUGUCGGCUGGCAGUCCCAACCCAACCUUCCGCCCGACACAUGACGCCUUCUUGGGCGGUCCAUCACGUGGAAACACCCGACCGACGACACCGUUCAACCCGUGGGGAGGUACAAGACCAAGCACACCAGACUUCUUCCUGCACACCAGAGCCUCGCCAAAGAUCUCCGACGACCUAUGGCAGAACUACGCGCCCGAGCAGCUGUUCCCGAGCGAGAUCAACGGAGCUUUCUCGCUACAGAGCCCAGGCCAAACGAUGGUGGAUCCUGCUCUACGCGGCCCACCACAGCACCAACAGUUCACUUCCAACGGCAUGCAGCAACCGGAUCCCACAAGCAUGCCAGGCCACCAGCAGAUGACUAUGCCGCAGCAGGAUGGCAACAACAUCAACCACCAAGACGGCAACAUGCAGCACAUGAUGUACAAUCACCAGGAUUGGAGCCAGAUGGACAUGGGUCAGCGGCCGGAUGAUACGUGGAGCUCUAGCAGUCACUCUGGACCGAUCGUGCCUACGACGCUGAAUGUGGGUGAUUGGUUCGAGUUCUUUGGGAUUCCUAACGGCGACCUGUCUGCGCUUGCGGCUGCUGGUGGGCUCGGGAAUCCUACUGGCAACGGCAAUGGAGGGUACGGCUGA